AUGGUUUUACGCCUUUUCUUUUGGCUGGGAAUCGCAGCUUUCAUCUCCCGGGCACUUUCUAGUACCGGUCCUCAACCAGUUUUUCCCUCGGAUCUUGCAUCUCAGUUGGAAUCGAAUGUGCCAUUAUUCAUCAAUCUGCCGUUAGAUCACUUCGACGCGAAUUCGAACGCUACGUUCAAAAAUCGGUUUUGGGUUAACGCUACUUACUACGAAGUCGGGGGACCUGUCUUCCUCUUCGACUCCGGGGAACAAGACGCUGCUCCUUUACUUCCUUACUACCUUCAGGAAUAUCAUGGUUUAUCUGCGACGAUGCGACUUGCGAAACGGUACAAAGGAUUAGCCAUUUUAUGGGAGCAUCGAUAUUAUGGCGAUUCUCAGCCGUUCCCAGUCAAUUCAGAUACUUCCCCCGACCAGUGGAAAUACCUGACAACUGAACAGGCUCUAGAAGAUGUCGUUUUCUUCACUAAUUCUUUUAAGAAAGCCAACGAGAACCAUACGGCGAUCACGGACUUGCUCAAUCCCUUUGAACUUCCGUUGCAUCCUUCCGUUGUUCCAUGGGUGUUUCUAGGUGGCUCAUAUCCCGGUGUGCGAGCAGCUCAUCUUCGUGUGCGAAACCCAGAAAUUAUUUUUGCUUCUUGGGCAUCAUCUGCUCCAGUUCAAUCACAGGUGGAUAUGUCAAGCUACUACAAAGCUGCCGAACGCUCUCUGACAAGGAACUGUUCUGCCGAUUGGGUUGCAGUCACCCGUUAUGUGGACGAUGUUCUCAUCAAUAGUGACGUAAAAACAAAGAACAGCUUGAAGUUUAGGAUUUGGAAAGCUCGAUUGAGCCAUCCCGGAAACAACACGACGGAGGCUGACAAGUUGACAGAGGAACAAGCUAGUGCCAAAAGCGAUGUUUCUACUGCGUCAGUCCUGAUGGACCCACUGAAUUUUUACCAGUAUUAUGGCUUCGCAGCAUCCCUCCUUCCUUUCUGCAACCUCCUCGAAACCCGUAACUUCACGACAACACCUCUGGAGACAGGAAUCGUUGACACGAACGGUGUCGAAUCUGCCGUGGACGCCUUUCUGGUGGCCAUAGGUGAACUAGACUAUGACUCAAUACCGGGGGCACCGGACGAUCCAGUUGGAGACCGUUCAUGGAUGCGUCAGUAUUGUUCUGAGUACGGAUUUUACCAGCGAGGAGACCCUCAGAAUCCGCUUUCCAUCGAGACCUCUCUCAUCUCGCUUGAACUCAACCAGAAGGAAUGCGACGAUACCUUUCCAGAUCACCUCCCGAGUUGGCCUCAAGUGGAAAACGUCAAUAAAUAUGGCGGUUGGGAUAUGCGCCCGUCUAACGUGAUGUUUACCAAUGGAGAAUUUGAUCCUUGGAGGACAAUGGGUUUAGCGUCCAUCGAGUCCAAUUCCCCUCAUCGUGAACCGUCUGUUAUCAUCCCUCCCUGCAACGAGGCUCCCAACGGAUCAUCCUUCUUCGGCAUCACAUAUGCUAACAUGGUCCACGUUUCUGAUAUGCGCGUAUUGCUUGUCUCAGACGAGAAUCACACCGACUUCAAGACAGUGGGGUUUUACAGUCCGAUUUCACAGGAACCUUUCUUCGAGGGCCUAGGGCUGUUUCAAUUGGCUUUAGAUGAAUGGCUGCCCUGUUUUGGGAAAUCAUAA